GAGGAACUCCUCAUCGACUUUUGUGAGCUCAUUGGUGAGCAUUCCGGCGAAAAUAUGGCACAAGCAGUGUUCGAAACUCUGGAGCUCUUCGGGCUGAAGGGUCAGGUGCUUGCGAUAAUGGCCGACAAUGCAUCAAACAAUGACACGAUGUGCGAGGCACUGCAAGCAUUGUGUGCGAGGGAAGGCAUCAUAUUUAAUGCUCGAUGGGGACGAUUAUGGUGCUUGCCUCACACAACACAUCUUGCAGCUUUAUCGGUAUGA